CUGAGCAGCUCCUCUCAUACCUGUCUGCCUGCCACCAGUAUGGCUGCAGGGCGUCUAUUGGCUGAGAGCUGGAGGAGAGGGCUGGCUUUAGAGCGUGUCUUGAAGGAUGGAGGCGGACAGGGCGCAGCUUCUCCUCCUCAGCAGCCCUCAUCCCUCCAGCCUCCCGGCGAUGCGCUGUGCGUUGUGACGCCAAGCCGUUUGACGAGUACAUUACGUGGGGCUGGCAGAGCAGCACAGCAGCCUGAGUCCUCGUUAUGUAAUGCUUCAAAGCAUCGGAUGCUGCACGGAUUAAGAGAAGCAGAGAGAGGGGGAAAAAACUGACGGAUGGCUCAUUUAGUGACAAUCAGCAGAGUGGAAGCUUAUGAAUGAGACGUCUGCUGUCGGCAAGUACAAUGAUAACUGUAAAUCGCAGGAGUGUGUGGUGUAAUUGAGCCCGUCUGGGCAUCAGUGGCCUAUCCCUGAGGUGCACAGACGUCUGGAGGCUGCAGAAGCUGCUGCACACCUUCUACUUUAUUUUUUUAAAAAGCCGAUCAGAGGCACGGCUCUGUUUAAAUUCGUCUCCUACAUCGGUGGAAAUUAACCAAUGCGGGUUUGUUUUAGAGCAGAAUCAGGAUCAUAUUUAGUUCUCCAUCGCAUCGGUGUAAUCCAACAGCCACUGAGCUGUGCCAUAAACAAUGGCGGGUCCAGAGCAGUCCCAGCAGCAGCAGCAGGUAGAGGAGAAGGCAGAGCAUAUAGAUGAUGCUGAGAUGGCUCUGCAAGGUAUUAACAUGCUGCUCAACAACGGAUUUAAAGAAAGCGACGAGCUUUUCAGAAGAUACAGGAGCCACAGCCCACUGAUGAGCUUUGGGGCCAGUUUCGUCAGCUUCCUGAAUGCCAUGAUGACAUUUGAGGAGGAGAAGAUGCAGACGGCCUGUGACGACCUGAGGACCACUGAGAAACUGUGUGAAAGUGACAGCGCCGGAGUCAUAGAGACAAUCAGAAACAAGAUCAAGAAGAGUAUGGACUCCCAGAGGUCAGGCGUUGUGGUUGUGGACCGCUUACAGAGACAAAUUAUUGUUGCUGACUGUCAGGUGUACCUCGCUGUACUCUCCUUCGUCAAGCAGGAACUCUCAGCAUAUAUCAAAGGAGGCUGGAUUCUCCGUAAGGCAUGGAAAAUGUACAAUAAGUGCCACAGUGACAUAAGCCACCUGCAGGAGACUUGUCAGCGGAGGUCCUCUGUCCACCAGGAGUCCCUCUCUGUGGACAACGCCAACCACAAUGCGCCUGUAGAGAACGGCGUGACACCUGAGGCCUUGGACCGGCUCAAGGGAUCUGUCAGCUUCGGCUACGGUCUCUUCCACCUGUGCAUCUCCAUGGUACCACCACACCUGCUGAAGAUUAUCAACCUGCUGGGCUUCCCCGGCGACCGUCUGCAGGGCCUGUCUUCCCUCAUGUAUGCGAGCGAGAGCAAGGACAUGAAGGCACCACUAGCUACGCUAGCCCUCUUGUGGUACCACACAGUAGUGCUGCCCUUCUUUGCUCUGGAUGGAUCUGAUACAAAUUCAGGGCUGCUGGAAGCCAAAGCUAUACUGCAGAGAAAGUCAGUGGUUUACCCCAACUCAUCCCUCUUCAUGUUCUUUAAAGGACGGGUUCACAGGCUAGAGUGCCAUAUCAACAGUGCUUUGGCCUGUUUCCAUGAUGCAUUAGAACUUGCAUCAGACCAAAGAGAGAUCCAGCAUGUGUGUCUCUAUGAGAUUGGUUGGUGCAGCAUGAUAGAGAUGAAUUUUGAGGAUGCAUACAGGGCAUUUGAGCGGCUGAAGAAUGAGUCACGUUGGUCGCAGUGCUAUUAUGCCUAUUUGACCGGAGUGAGUCAGGGUGCUUCGGGUGACCUGGAUGGAGCGAGCGGAGUUUUUAAAGAUGUGCAGAAGCUGUUCAAGAGGAAAAACAACCAGAUAGAGCAGUUUGCUGUCAAAAGGGCUGAGAGGUUGAGAAAGAUUUCUCCAACCAGAGAGCUAUGCAUCCUCGGUGUAAUUGAAGUGCUGUAUCUGUGGAAAGCUCUUCCAAACUGUUCCUCAUCUAAACUGCAGAUAAUGAAUCAGGUGUUACAGAGUUUAGAUGAAGCUUCGUGCAGAGGCCUGAAGCAUCUCCUCCUUGGUGCCAUUCACAAAUGUCAUGGAAAUAUGAGAGAUGCUGUUCAGUCGUUUCAGCUGGCUGCUAGAGAUGACUAUGGCCGGCAGAUCAACUCCUAUGUUCAGCCGUACGCCGUCUACGAGCUGGGAUGUAUACUCCUCGGAAAACCAGAGACAGUGGGAAAGGGGAGAUCAUUGCUACUUCAAGCAAAGGAGGAUUUUACAGGCUACGACUUUGAGAACAGGCUUCAUGUGCGCAUCCAUUCAGCCCUGGCCUCCUUGAAGGAAGUAGUGCCUCAGUGACUCCAGGAAGGAAAGCUACGAUGGCUCAUUGCUUUUUACACCCAGCUGUAAGCCACUCAGAGUAUCUGUGUGACAUCGUUGUCAACAGGCUCCUGUGUUUUCCAUUCUUAAAGUAUUUGGGGAAUCUCACCUACAGUAAAACUGAUAUGAGGCCUCAUUUCUGUGCAUUCAGUACAGAGAUUGGUAUGUGUAUGUUCAUACUAGCUUAGCACAAAGCAUGGAAGCAGAUGGAGAUGGCUAGCCUAGCUAUGGGCAGCAAGUUAAAGUAUGUUUUAAAUGACCAGUACUGGGACAGAUUGUCUUGUUAGCCAGCAAGCUAGUCAACAAAUACAUCAAUAAUUGGGAUUAGUUACUACAAAGCGAAGACCGUGCAACAAGGGCAGGACUGUUGAGAGUAAGUAAACCACGGCAUUGUUGGCCAAAAAUUAAUCCCAACUUCUUGUUCAGUUUCAUUUUGCACUUUUAUUUUAUGGCGUGUUAAUAAAUAACACUGUAGAAAUCAGACAUCUUUAGAAUUUGAGGAGAAAAGGUGUAUUUUUUCACUUUGAAGCAGCUAAACUAGCUGUUAACCAUUUGCUUCUAAACACAACCCUGAUAUAUUUUUGAACUGAAUGCACAGAUGUGAAAGUUAUAUCGAUUCUUAACCCAAGACAAAGAACACAUAAUUCCCCAAAUUUCUAAGUGUUCCUUUUAAUUUUUUGCACCUAAACAUAUUAGCAUCUAGUAACGAUUUCAUCAACUUGUGUAUUUGGAUGAUUUCAGUUAUGCCUCCCCGUCCCUUCUGUGAGCAAUUCAGCACAUAAAAGUAACCUUUUAAUGAGAUUAUAUUUCCUUUAAUACCAACUUUCAAAUGAAUAAAAUUCAGGCAGGCUAAUGGUUUUCACAUAUUUGAAACAUGCAAACAACAUUUGAGCAUCUUGCUCCAUUAAUAAAAUAGAAUUAAUGAAGCCAAUUAUCACAAAUCAUGAGAAAGAUGUGGGAAAGAUUAGUCAAAUUUAAUAUUUGAUUUUACUAGAAAUAUAUUAUUAUAAUCAUGGGUUAACACAUUUUCAGCCAGUUGUUUCUAGUAAGUAGUGCUUCUCCUUAUUAAAAUCUCAAAACCUGCUUAUUGUCAUAUCACAAGGGAGCCACUUUUCUUUAAAAAAAUCAUUGACAUAACUUGUAAUCCCAUUAGUUACCACUGGAAAUACUUAAGUAGCAAAUUCCUUCUCACUGGUCACCUAAAGUUGCACAUGCUGAAUUAAAUAGGCUGCUGUUAAUUAGUCACGUUUAAGUAGUUUGACAUCAUAUAUUUAUAGUAUUUGAGCUCACCACACUUUACAAUGCUCUAAUCACACAUUUUUAUGUGACACUGGGCAUUGAUCCUGUGCACUACACAUGGUACGUCAGGGUAACAGAGACUUUAAGACUGCACUGAAGUCAAAUGUACCUGUAUGUCCAUCCCUGCAAAUACAUGAAGGUAUUCUAUGAGAGUACCUUCAGUACUUUAAUGUUACCACUGAAAGGUGCUGUUAAAUGUCAGCCUGAUAAACAUGAAUUACUUGUGACUAAUUUUAAGUGUUUUAGUGAUAGAAGCUUUUGAUUUAAAGUCUUAAUAGUGACAAGUUUAUUUAUUACAUAACAGAAGUUGUACUUUUACAAGCAUCCUGUUUGAGUAUUGAACCUGCGAGUUUGGCGCUGGACGGCACGAUCAACUGCAACAUUAAUGAUCAAGCUGUUUCAAGUGGGAUCUUGUGAUAAAAGUAUAUUUAACAGACUUUCUCAACAGUUUCACACUGUACAGUACAUAUGAAAUAUUCCAUGCAGGGUUCUACGUUUUAUUAACGAGUAAUCUGAGUUAUGAUCAUCAGAGCAAUAUAUAAGUAAGAGGAGGGAAUCAUAAUUUACAACAAUGACUAUCUGUGUUUUUCAUCCCAUGUUCAGUCAGGAUUGUGGUCGUAUAGAUUUGUUUUGCUCACACCGAGCUGGUUAGACAAAACCAAUCACCCCCUGUUGCUGUGAUGGAUGUAAACUGUGGUAAAUGUCGAGGCGGCCGCUUGUCCAAGUGGUCAGUGCGGUGCAAGUAACGUGAUGGUGAAAUGUCAGUAAGAUGUCACCUGCCCGCUGUCCCAAAUACUUCUGUUACUGUCAUGAGGACUUAAACCAAGUUGAAAUUGAGGUUACAUGUCAGGAUGAUGGUGUUGCAAUGUGUCACUGAACUCUACAAUAAACUGUU